GACUUGCAAUCUACUUUCUCGCGCGCACAAUUCUCUUUACAGCUCUUCUACUCCCAGAACCCGUAGUACCUUUGCGCACUCAGUAUCAUUGCAUCUUGGAAGAUCCUAGGUGCUCAUACUUUACAUUUGCGCCACCUACAGAGUCUUCAGAUCUUGCAGAUCGUCCAGCUCUGUGAUAUCCCGUCAAUACUGCACCUGCUGUCGUACAUCGUAUCGUUGAACUAGACCUCUUCAGAGGAGUAGCUGAGCUAUCAGGUAUUGCAGAAGUGCCUUCGACAACCACGUCAUCCACUUCUCUUUUUCUGUUAUAUCUGGUACAUACUGAAAGGCAAGACCAUCGCAGCGUACUUCGCGCAGUAGAAACUAGCAGCCAUGUCGGCCGUGGAACCAUUAGACGGACUUCUUCAACACUUACAGACAUUGAAACCACCUGGGGCAUCACCAGCCAAGAUUCAGGAGAUCACCACACUUUGUGUCGAAAACAUACAGCUCGAAGCGACAGUCGUUCAGAAAAUCUUCAUUCAAUUCAAACAGGCACCCGUAACACAUAAACUUGGAGUUCUAUAUGUCGUUGAUUCCGUGACCAGACAAUGGAUGGGAAGAGCCACACAAAGCGGACAGAAACUCGUCGGUCCAACAUCGCCUCAAGGCACUUUUGCUAGUGGCGUACAUAAAAUGACGGAGAUAAUUCCCAUGAUGAUGAGCGAGCUUCUCUCACACUAUCCGCCAGAUCAAAAGAAGAAAAUCGAAAAGCUGGUUGAUAUAUGGGACCAAAGCACCGUAUUACCAAAGUCAACUAUCCAAGACUUCCGGAGCAAGCUUAACCCUCCUGCCACUCCCAGUAUUCCAUUAUCAAAUAUUCCUGGAUCUAUUGGGCCGAUCUCACAGUACACACCUCAGGAUCAAUCUGUUCCAAGUACAACAAUUGACACAAGCAGUAUUAUUGCGGCGCUGUCGUCGUUGGGUAAGCAGCCAGGACCAGCCAAUGGAACUAACCAACAACAGACUCCUCCUCCACAACCUGGACAAUCAAAUCUAGCGAGUCUGCCGCUUGGUGUUCCAACUCAGUCUGUAAUUCCGCAGAAUGUAGCUUCGUCGGCACAAAACUUUGCCACGUACGGUACAGUGGGUAAUGGAUUUGGAGGGCAUGCAAACAAUGGUGCUUUGUCGUUUGCCCCUUCGGGUAAUAUGCACACAAAUCCUGUAGUAUCCCAAACUGCGCAGCCAUCACAACCACCACAGUCAGAUCUGUCGAGCAAUCCCAUGGCCGUGCAAGUCCUUCAAGGCGCACUGGGUGGAACAAUGCAGCUUGAACAAGCAUCUGAACUGUUGAAAUUAUUAGGCUUUCCUGAGCAGGCCGGCCAAGUUCUUCAGUUGAAGGCAUAUCUGCCUCAGGCCCACAUAUCGCAACAGGUGGUCCCGUCGGCACCUUCAUCCGUAGUACCCACAUCCAAUGUGCAACUUGAUAACUUCUCGAACGGUCAAGACCAAAGUAGGCAGAUAGGACACGGAGAUCCCCGUGAGUAUCAGUCGCGAUAUCGCAGUCGGUCACCAGAUCGCGGAAAUCGUCGGGCUAGUCCAUAUAACCGUCGAGAGUCUCCAACAUAUGGGACGUAUGAUCCGUCGCAAUCAGCAGAAUCUGGUAAUGCGGGCCAUGAUGGUAGUCGAGGGGAAAGGGCAGGUCGUGCCCGUGGAAAUGAGUAUAGGCAACGUAGCCCACCAGCCCAACGGCGCCCAGAAGGCGGUCCGAGUAGCAAUGAUGGAUCUCGGAGCUCCCAGAGAAACGUUGAGUUCGAUCCUUCUCUUCGUAGUGGUACCAUUCGAGUCCUCAGCAGGACAUUAUUCGUCGGUGGUGUAGCUGCAUCUGAAGACGAUCUUCGAAAAAUAUUUGGCCAGUUCGGUGCUGUACAGACUUGCGUGGUCAACAAGGAUAAGCGACACGCCUUCGUCAAAAUGUACUGGCGCAAUGAUGCUGUAGCUGCCAAGCGUGGCAUGGAGACCCUUCAGGACGAACGGGUCCGCUCGACUCGUUGGGGCGUAGGCUUUGGACCGCGUGAAUGUAGCGACUAUACGACUGGAGUGAGCGUGAUCCCGAUUGACGCCUUGACGGAAGCGGAUCGGAAAUGGGUUGUUACCGCGGAGAAUGGGGGCACCGGUGGAGCACCAAUUGAAAGUGGCCUGGUGAUAGAAGAGCCUGACAUUGAAAUUGGGGCUGGCGUUUCAUCGAAGGCCAUCAGCCGUCGCAUGGGACCCGAACAUGCAGGAAACAUGAACAACAAUAACAAUCGCGGUCGCGGCAACUUCGGAGGGAAUCGCGGAGGGAACCGUGGAAAGCAUCAUAACAAUGACAAUGCACGAGGUAGGAACCAGGAUCGCCAGCAGAGUCAACAUAAUCAUCUCCAACAAUCACAGCCACAACAACAUCAACAGGCCCCUCGACGUCCGGCUUCGCCACGACAAGAACCUAAUACUAUUGGAGUGCCCCCACCGGUUCCUGGCUUUGGCUUCCAAUUGCCAGGAUUUCCGGCGAAUUUCGGUUGAAGCAUCUCGUAUGCCCAUACCGAUAUUAAUCUAGAACGAUUUUGAGCAACGCGAAGCAGCUAAUACCGUCGAGUCAACGGGCCACUUGAUAGUUUCAUGGAAGGUGGUGCGCAUCCUGCCGGCUCUUGCAUCGAGCGUCCGAUCGCAACAGUAGCAUGUAUAAUGGCCAAUUUGGAUUACAUGAGACUCAAGAUUGCAUAUAUGUAUUGCGGGUUGACACAAUUGAUAGUCACACCCAUCUGGCAAACAUUGCUGUAGCACAGUAAAAGUAUUCGAGCGUAUAGUCGUCGUGAACCCUGAGGUAUA